UCCGUCAAACCGGGCCUUAACCUCACAUGACACAUCUGAGAAUUAUGACCGGGUUCGUGCAAAUGUAAUUGUCAAUUUGGUGGGGUGAUGAGAGUUGAGACAGUGGUCGACGAAACGCAGGAAAAAAGUGUGAACAAAAUGCCGUAAGCGAAACACCGAAAGAUUCAAGGACUUUUCAUGAUCACAGAGUUGAUGUUUCAGUCGACACGAACCAUAUCAGUACUAAAAAGUGAUGCUAUCAGGAGGGAUGGUCCAGACUGAUAACGAGAAUCUUCCAUGUGAGAUCGAACCGAGACAUCGACAAUAGAUCGCAAGUAAUCGUUUGAUUUACGUAUUAAAAACCCUGCGAAGACGUUGACUGGACGAUCCCCUUCGAAAAGACGUGGUGGGAGGGCCAAAGGCACCAUGACGAGACCACCGAACAAUGAGAAUCUCCUGACAUUCAAACUAGUGGUCGUUGGUGACGGAGGUGUUGGCAAAAGUGCUCUGACGAUCCAGUUCUUCCAAAAGCUCUUCGUCACGGAUUAUGAUCCAACGAUAGAGGACAGCUACAUCCAGCACACAGAGGUGGACAAACAGUGGUGCAUCCUCGAUGUCCUGGAUACAGCUGGUCAGGAAGAGUUCAGCGCAAUGCGAGAGCAAUACAUGCGCAAAGGGGAUGGAUUUCUCCUGGUGUAUUCCGUCACGGAUAAACAAUCUUAUGAAAAUAUUGUCAAUUUUUAUACGCAAAUCCUUCGGGUCAAGGAUAGAGAUAUUUAUCCGAUGCUGUUAGUUGCUAAUAAAGUGGAUUUGGUACACUUGAGGAAAGUUACUGAAGAGCAAGGCAGAGAGUUGGCGCACAGAUUGGGUAUUCCGUACAUCGAGACUUCCGCGAAGGAUCCACCGCUUAAUGUAGAUGCAGCAUUUCACGAGGUUGUGCGAAUUAUCUGGAAUCAACCGCCCACGGAACUUGAAAAAAAUCGUCGAAAAAGGAGGCGAUCGGGAAAGUGCAAUAUUUUGUAAAUUGAAACUGAAGGUAAAUUCGACUAGCGAUGUAAAAUACUGACGAUCGAAAUGACUAACACAACGUAUGAUAAUUGAGAUAAUUAAAUAUACUGCCUACGGGAUUUUCAUGGGAAAUGCUAUUGACUCAUCAGAAUUUUCCAAACAUCAAUAUUGAAAAUGAAAUCUUGCUAUUCAGAGGAUCGAUCACAUAUUUUUCCGGUAAAUUCGGAGUUAAUAAAAAUGAAAAAAAGCGUGAAAGUUCUCUGUAGCUGUGAUAAUCGAUUGACAAAUGUAUUGCACGAUGAAUGCAUUGGGGAAUACUGAGUUGUUUAAAUUUGUGGCUUGAUAUUGUGAAGACGUUAUCAAUUGUAAAAUGUGAAAAUUAUGUACCAAAAGAAGCACAAUCGAAGAGUCUAGAUUUUCUACGAUCACAUCAUUGUGAUAUGACUAACAUUUGAAUAAGGAACUGAAAAUUAGAUUGAAUGCUUUUUAUUUUUUCAAUCCACUGUACUAACGAGAAGUAAUUAAACGAUUACGAAUUCAUAAAUAUGAAUUGCCGGGCGUUCUCGAUUAAUGAAGCAUCGUCAUGAAAUGACUAUAAUUAUUUUUAUAAUCAACGGGGUCAUGAUGAAUACGCAUUGGUUCCUGAGGAAAUAUCUAUCGCCAUGGUAAAAUAAAAAUAUUAAAUGUGAUGUUGUGAAUAAUUAUUUCCAUGUGGAAAUGCUGUAUUUAAUGGAAAGCCAAGACGUACUAGAAUGGAUCAUGAUUUUCCGCAAUUUUUUAAAUUCUCAUCGUUUAUUUUCAAUUCAGAAACGAGCAGAUGAAACAGUUUAAGGAUAUCCAGGAACGCUUCAAUUUUGUAUUGACAAUUUAAACGUGGAAAGGCUAGAUAAGACUAAAAUAAUUUCAAUGAGAGAAAUUGCCACUAAAUUCGGAUACCCUUAGACUAAUUCAAUUGAGCAUUAAUAUAAUGUAAUUUUAUUUUCAUAUUCAAGCAAAACUCUCACGUCCAUAUAAUGCUAGAUUAUUUAAUUGAUAAUGCCACUCGAAGAAUAAAAAUUCGCCAAGACUUUUUACAACACAAGAGUAUUAUCUGAAGAAGUUAUGAAAGAAUUGAUGUCAUACGGCCUAUUUUUAGGGCGCAACGUACGAAUAUGAAUAACUAAUACUGCAAAGCGUGUGAAAAUCGAGGAGAAAACGAGAAGCACAAAGUCCUGCACACAAAAAAUUGUGAAUUUUGAUUAUAUGUAUGUAAUUCGUAUGAGUGUUAUCUGGAAAAACAACGCGUUGUGUUAGUGGCCACGAUGUAAAACUGCGCUGAAUUCCCAGAUUGUCGUAUAACUAUCAACAUAUACGUGUACAUGUAUCUCCGAAUGUACCAACGUCUGUCCGAAUACAUUGACGUGCCAAUUAAAAUCCCGAAAAGAAAAUUACUGAACGAAAAAGUAAUAAGUAAUUUUUCUUCUGGAUUACAAUUGUCAUUUUUAUGCAUCCCCUUGUCUUGUAAAUAAACUCAAAGCAAUAACUAUUUAUAUUUGCAAGAAAACAAUAAAGUUUAUGACAUGUGAA